CGUGGUUCACUUUCCCGUUCUCCUCUCUUUCAACCCUGUGCUGCAAUCGUAAGUUGAAUACUCGCUGCAUCUUAAAGUGGUGGAAUUCAUCUGGUACAUCUAUGAAAUUCUCACAGACAGCCGUUCCGUGCAGCGGCAGAGUUGCCGUUUUUCGGCCCUGAAAUCGACUGUGCCGGACUGGUCAGCCUGUCGGUCAUUGCCCGCCAGCAAUGUCAAUACCAGUUGAACCCAGUCAUCCGCAACAAAUAUCUGGCCACGGUGGCCUCCUUCUGCCUAUAUAGGUACAUGAAAUGCGUAGUCUGAUGGCACCCCCCAAGCACCUAAACUGCUAGCAAUCAUGUCAAGUCCAGGACAGGCAUUAUUGAAACGAAACGCUACUUACACCCGAGAGCAAUUCUCAGCACACUGGCUCAAACAUGGGGCGAAGGUGACGCCGUGGGCUCUCGAAAAUGGCGUUACAUACUAUGCUCAGAUCCACAACCCUCGAAUGGGGCCUGGUGCCAUGUUGCCAUCCGACUUACAUAUCGCCGAAUGGGAUGGCGCUGCAGAGAUGACCUUCGAGCGAGGGCCAGACUUCAAGUCGACAGCCAAGUCUGAUGACUACUACCAGAAGGUCAUCCUCCCGGACGAGCGGGCUUUCUUGAUAUGCGAGGCGCUGCAGCAUCUCCGAUGGGUGGACCCUGAAACGAUGGUGGGAGACAAAGUAGUCAUCAUCCAGGGUGGAAGGGCUAUGAUUGACUGCGAGGAGGACAUGAAAAUCUGGAACGAUUGGCCGGCCAAGUAACGGAGGACAUUCGUGGCCAUAUCCUUUUCGAUAUAUGAAUGACUAAGGAAAGGAGCAAUCAAAUGGCGCCCUAGA